AUGACAUUAAAAUACCAGAAAACUGGAAAAAGAGUGAAACAGCUGGAACUGAAUAGUUUUUUUUUAUUCUUAAAUUGUACAAAAUUAUCUAUUCGUAUACCAGAAGCUACCAGCCUUAGUAGAACAACUAGUUUCAAUCGCACCAAUGUAAAUACUUUCUUCAAAAACCUUGACAGUGUACAGAAGCGCUAUAAGUUUUCUGCUGAUUGCAUUUACAAUAUUGAUGAAACAGCUCUUACAACUGUUCAUAAGCCAGUGAAGGUGGUUGUGGGUAAAGGAGUAAAGCAAGUAGGACAGGUAACUUCUGCUGAAAGGGGAACCCUAGUUACAAUGAUAGGUUGUAUAAAUGCUCUUGGAAAUUUUAUUCCACCGUUUUUGAUAUUUCCCCGUGUCCAUUUUCGUAGCCACAUAUUUAAAGGUGCACCAACAGGUACCAAAGGUGAGGCUAAUCCUACUGGAUGGAUAAAUACAGAAAUAUUUUUGAAAUGGUUUGAUCAUUUUGUGCAGUAUAGACAUCCUAGCCAGCAUCAUCUAUUACUUUUAAUAAUGGACAACCACAAAAGUCAUAUAUCAAUUGAAUUGAUGGAUAAAGCUAAGGAAAGUUAUGUUGUGCUCUUGACAUUGCCACCCCAUUGCAGCCACAAACUCCAACCACUUGACAGAUCAGUAUUUGGACCAUUAAAGAAAUUUUGCAGUUUAGCAUGUGAUUCAUGGUUAAAGGCACAUCCAAAUACUCCUAUGACGAUAUAUGACAUUUCUGAAAAUUUAAGAAUAGCUUAUGCGAGAGCCUUUACAUUCAAAAUGGUUAAAAGGCAGCUGGCAUUUUUCCAAAACAUUCAAAAUGGUUUAAAGGCAGCUGGCAUUUUCCCGUACGAUCCAUAUGUUUUUAGUAAUGUAGACUUUUUAUGUUCUUAUGUAUCUGAUCAGCCAAUUCCAGCAAAUAUCUCUAACUUAUCAGCCAGUUUGUCCAGCAGUAUUUCUCAACCGGUCCAAAAAACAAUUUCUGUCAGUAUAGCUAAUGUACACGAUCAGACAGACCCUGCAACUAAAUUUAAGUAA